AUGUUUCAACCAUUUCGUGGUAAAUGGGUACAAUCUUUGGCAUGUUUUAUAAGUAAAGAUGUAACGACUGAUGGUGCCACAUGGAACCGCAGUAUGUGGUCAAAAUUUGGUAUUUCUAAAGAAAAUAUAAGUUGUGUACACAUGCAUGAUGAAUCCGGAAGAUUAUGGUUCAUAUCUGAUUUCCCACACCUUAUAAAAAACAUGCGAAACUGUAUGGUUAGACAAGAAGAGUUUUGGACCCCAGAUGGAGUUAUUAAACUUAAUCAUUGGGAUGAUGUUAUAACUUCAGAGAAUCAAUCUGUAUAUAAUUUAAAAAUUUACUAUUUACCUAGGGCCUUGUGUAAAUGA